AUGAUAUAUUCAACUGUGCGCAAAUCUAAUUGCAUUUCUGUCUUCAAAUGCAAGAACCGACCAGGAGUAGCAAUAAUCACAUCAGGGUUGGCCAUCAUGGCUCCAAACUGGUCUUCCAUCGAGUCUCCACCAAUAAGCAGCAACGACCGCAGAUCAGAUCCACGACUAAACUCUUUAAAUUGCUUGGACGUUUGCAUAGCCAAUUCACGAGAUGGAGAAAGAAUAAUAGCACGAACACCGAUCUUGGCAACGUGGGUCUUGAGUUUCUCGAUCAGAGGCAACAAAAACGCAGCGGUUUUACCAGAACCGGUUCUGGCCAUUCCAACAACGUCUCUGUUCGAUAUAAUCAAUGGAAUAGUCUUACGUUGGAUAGGUGUUGGUUGUCUGUACCCCUUCUUGCUCAAAUUGGUCAAAAUGUGUUUUGAAAGACCAAAAGACGCAAACGUGCCGUUCUUGGCCUUCUUUGCAGCCGGCUGGUUCAAAAAGAAAUCCCCACUAUCUUUGUCCUCGUCGUCUGAAAGCUCAAGACUAGGAAAUCCUUUUGUUUCCACCUUCUGUCUCUUUGACGGCACCUCUUCCGUAUCGCUGUCUAUGAUCUCAUCCUGGAUUUCUCCUUCGCUCUCAUAUCCGCUUUCGCUGUCAACAUCGUCAUCAACUAGCUUGCUAGCGAUAUCAAACUCUUCAUCAGACAUGGCUACUAAUGUAUAA